AUGACUGACGUUAGAAAAUCGUUUAUUGAGGCUGGGCAAAGUCAACUUUUCCAGAAUUGGGAUAGUUUGUCUUGCAAGGACCAAGAAAAGUUGUUAUCAAACCUGGAGCAAAUUUCUUCCAAGAGGUCUCCUGCAAGAUUGCUCGAAGACUGUCAAAAUGCUAUCAAACUCUCAGAGACUAACUCCUCGAAGGAUGCAGGUGCCGAAAUUCAACCAUUGCCCUCUACUUCUUAUGAGUCGCUGAUUGGCAACAGUGAUAAAGAAAAUGAAUAUUUUCAAGUUGGCCUAGAAGCCAUUGGCAAAGGUGAGGUCGCCGUAAUCUUGAUGGCCGGUGGCCAAGGUACACGUUUAGGAUCCUCUCAACCAAAGGGUUGUUAUGACAUUGGCCUGCCUUCUAAGAAAUCUCUUUUCCAAAUUCAAGCUGAAAAAUUAAUUAGGUUGCAAGAUAUGAUCAAGGAUAACAGGGUGGAAAUUCCGUGGUACAUUAUGACAUCAGGCCCUACUAGGGCAGCUACUGAGGCUUAUUUCCAAGAACGUGAUUAUUUUGGCCUGAAUAAAGGACAGAUAACGUUCUUUAAUCAAGGUACUCUGCCUGCCUUUGAUUUGAGCGGUGAGCAUUUCCUAAUGAAAGACCCAGUAAGCUUGUCGCAAUCUCCGGAUGGGAACGGUGGGCUUUAUCGUGCCAUUAAAGAUAAUAAAUUGAACGAGGAUUUUGAAAAAAGAGGCGUGAAACAUGUUUAUAUGUAUUGUGUCGAUAAUGUCUUGUCUAGGAUGGCAGACCCCGUAUUUAUUGGUUUUGCAAUCAAGCACGGAUUUGAACUGGCCACCAAAGCUGUAAGAAAGAGAGAUGCACACGAAGCAGUCGGUUUAAUUGCUACUAAAAACAGUAAACCUUGUGUCAUAGAAUAUUCUGAGAUCUCCCAUGAGUUGGCUGAAGCGGAGGACGAAGAAGGUCUAUUAAAACUACGCGCAGGGAAUAUCGUUAAUCAUUAUUACCUGGUAGAUUUACUUAAACGUGAUUUAGACCAAUGGUGUGAAAAUAUGCCAUACCACAUUGCUAAAAAGAAGAUUCCGGCUUAUUGCAGUGCUACUGGAAAGUAUACAAAGCCUACCGAACCAAACGGUAUAAAACUAGAGCAGUUCAUAUUUGAUGUCUUUGACACAGUUCCCCUAAACAAAUUUGGGUGUUUAGAAGUGGAUAGAUCUAAAGAAUUCUCGCCUUUAAAGAAUGGUUCCGGUUCAAGAAACGAUAAUCCAGAAACAAGCAGGUUAGCAUAUUUGAAUUUAGGAACCUCUUGGUUGAAGGAUGCCGGUGCCAUUGUUAAGGAUGGGGUAUUAGUUGAAGUGUCCAGUAAGUUGAGUUAUGCAGGUGAAAAUCUGUCCCAGUUCAAAGGUCAAGUCUUCGAAAAAAAUGGUAUAAUUCUAGAAAAAUGA